UGGUUAGAGCAAGUAUUUUGUCAGUUCAGUUUCAGUUGUGUUUGUAGCUUCCUACCUUGCCCAUCACAACGUUGAAGUUGAAUAAUGUAGCAUACAUUUCUACUGUAUAGGUUUUCUUGGUUAUUGAUGUUGUUUUCGCCUUAACACAGAUUAUAAUAAUUUUGUGAGUAUUUUAGUGAAAAUUCGUGCAAGUGUUGGUCUCUUCAGUUAUAAUAUUUUAAAAUAAACUCAUUUACGUGUUGACGACCACGUCAGUUUAUUUUUUCUAAAGAAUUUUCUCAGGGUCAGAUGUCCAGUGGAGACAGUUGGAGUCUUCCCAGCAAGGAUGGCCUCUACGAUCCACUGAAUGAGAGAGAUGCGUGUGGAGUUGGCUUCAUUGUAGCCAUCGAUGGCAGGCGCAGUCAUAAGAUUGUGCGCGAUGCAGAGAAGUUGGCUCUGCGCAUGAACCAUCGUGGCGCAUGCGCGUGUGACAAUGACACUGGAGACGGAGCUGGCGUCCUCACCGCCAUUCCACAUGACUUCUAUGCGCACCAACUCAGAGAAGAGCAGAAUGUGGAACUGCCUAGUCUGGGGCAAUACGCCACUGGCAUUGUCUACGAAGACAAAGCCAAUAGCCAACAAUCUGAGGCCACUUUUGCUCAGCUUGCAAAUGAAUGCAACCUGAACAUUGUGUGUUGGCGUACGGUGCCGACGCAUCGCGAUGGGAUUGGCGAGGUGGCUCGCAACAGUGAGCCGUUCAUGCGCCAGGUGUUCGUUGUGCCCAAGCCGGGAGCCGAUCUCGACGAAGAAGCACUCAAGAGACAGGUGUUCAUUUUGAGAAAGAGAGCAACUCACACCAUUCCCAAGCCAGGUGUGAGGUUCUACAUUUGCUCUCUAUCGCACACCAUUGUUGUCUACAAGGGACAAUUGACUUCCGAUCAGCUGUGGACUUAUUUCACUGAUCUUAAGUCGCCACAGUUUGAAACAUACUUGGCCCUCGUCCACACCAGAUUCUCCACCAACACUUUCCCUAGCUGGGAACGAGCUCAUCCUUUGAGGUACUUGGCCCACAACGGGGAGAUCAACACGUUGAGAGGAAAUGUGAACUUCAUGAAAGCCAGAGAGGGGGUGAUGAAGAGUCCCUACAUCGAGAAUGAAGAGCUAAAGAAGCUGUAUCCGGUGGUCGAGCCCAAUCUGUCCGACUCUGGCUCGCUCGAUUGUGUGCUCGAGUUUCUGGUCAAUGCCGGCGGAAGGUCAUUGCCAGAGGCGGUGAUGACAAUGGUGCCUGAGGCGUGGCAGAACGACGCGACAAUGUCGGCGGAGAAGCGCGACUUCUACCACUGGGCCGCCUGCGCCAUGGAGCCCUGGGACGGACCGGCCCUUCUCACAUUCACCGACGGACGAUACAUUGGUGCUAUACUUGACAGGAACGGUCUGAGACCAUCCAGAUUCUAUGUGAUGGACGACAACGUCAUGGUGAUGGCGUCAGAAGUCGGUGUCUACGACACUGAUCCUGCUCACGUCAAGCUCAAGAGCCGUUUAAAACCGGGUCGUAUGCUUCUUGUUGACACUCAGAAGAAGUCGAUGAUCCAGGAUUUCGAGCUGAAGUCUCAGUUGGCUUUGAGCCGACCUCACUCUCAGUGGCUCAAGGAAGAGGCGAUAACAAUGGAUGAGCUGAGAGAGGCUUACCAGAAGAAAUUGUCUGAGAACGGCGGAGGGGAUGUUGUGCAGAACAACCUGAUGAAUGAGAUGAAAAGCAAAGAGUCGGGCAAACCGUGGAUUGGCGACCAUCGUCUCUCUGUGUUCGGCUACACCAUCGAAACAAUCAACAUGCUCAUCCUUCCUAUGAUUCGCACAAAGAAAGAAGCUCUUGGUUCGAUGGGAAACGAUGCACCUCUCGCUUGUCUUUCACAAUUCCAGCCUUUGCUGUACGAUUAUUUCAAACAGCUAUUCGCUCAGGUGACGAACCCGCCGAUAGACCCGUUCCGCGAGAAAAUCGUGAUGUCGAUGAUGUGCCCCAUUGGACCCGAGGCCAACAUCCUGAUGCCAUCAGCCAAGCAGUGCCACCGUCUCUUCUUGCACAACCCCAUCAUAUCGCUGGCCGACCUCGCAGUGCUCAAGGGCAACACGCACCGUGGCUGGCGGACACACGUGAUCGACAUCACCUUCGACAAGAGUGAGGGCCCCGAUGGACUGCUCAGGUCGCUCAACAGGAUCUGCGAGGAGGCAGCUACUGCUGCCCAGGACGGCUACCAGCUCAUUGUGCUCUCCGACAGGCGAACCGGCGUCGACAGAGUGCCAACUGGAACCUUGCUAGCUCUAGGAGCUACUCACCAUCACCUCAUCGAAGAGAGACAAAGAAUGAAGGUUGGACUCAUCUUGGAAACAGGAGAAGCAAGAGAAGUUCAUCACAUGUGUGUGUUACUCGGGUAUGGUGCCGAUGCUAUCUGUCCUUACAUUGUUUUUGAGAUGGCCAGCAGCCUCAGAAACGAAGGACUGCUUGAUUCAAACAUCACCGAUAAGAUGCUCUAUGAAAAUUAUUGUGAGGCAAUGGAAAGAGGAAUAGCAAAGGUGAUGGCCAAGAUGGGAAUUUCCACACUGCAAUCCUACAAAGGAGCUCAAAUUUUUGAAGCCGUUGGAAUUUCUGAAGAAGUGAUUGAAAAAUGUUUCAAGGGUACACAAUCCAGAAUCGAAGGAGUGACUUUUGAGAUAUUGGCCAAAGAAACUUACGAGAGACAUCAUCUAGCCUACACCGAUAAGGACACCCUGGUGCUAAGGAAUCCUGGCCAAUAUCAUUGGAGAAGUGGUGGAGAGAAUCACAUCAAUGACCCUCUCAGUAUCGCCAAUCUGCAGGAGGCAGCAUCUAGUAAGAGCAAGAACGCGUACGACCGAUUCAAGGAGUCGACACUGGACAGUGUGCGCUCGUGCACCAUCCGAGGCCAGCUCGAGUUGGCCACCAGCGAGAGUCCCAUCGACAUCUCCGAGGUCGAGCCUGCCAAGGAAAUUGUCAAGCGAUUUGCCACUGGUGCUAUGAGUUUUGGAAGUAUUUCAUUGGAAGCGCACACUACGCUCGCUAUUGCUAUGAACAGAAUCGGAGGAAAGUCAAACACUGGAGAAGGAGGUGAGAACGCAGAACGCUACCUGGUCACCGAUGCAGAGAACAGCAAGCGGUCUGCCAUCAAGCAGGUGGCGUCGGGUCGCUUCGGCGUCACCAGCUCCUACCUGGCACAUGCCGACGACCUGCAGAUCAAAAUGGCACAGGGAGCCAAGCCUGGCGAGGGUGGUGAGCUGCCUGGGUACAAGGUGACGAAAGACAUAGCGGCGACACGGCACUCAGUCGCUGGCGUGGGUCUGAUCUCACCACCGCCGCAUCACGACAUCUAUUCCAUCGAGGACUUGGCCGAGCUGAUCUACGACCUCAAGUGCGCCAAUCCCAAUGCGCGCAUCUCCGUCAAACUCGUAUCCGAGGUUGGUGUGGGUGUCGUCGCGUCCGGCGUCGCUAAGGGCAAAGCGGAGCACAUAGUGAUAUCAGGCCACGACGGAGGCACGGGCGCCAGCUCAUGGACCGGAGUGAAGAACGCGGGUCUGCCCUGGGAGUUGGGUGUGGCCGAGACCCAUCAGGUGCUCGUGCUCAACAACCUGCGAUCCCGCAUUGUGCUGCAGGCUGAUGGCCAGAUCAGAACUGGUUUCGACGUGGUGGUGGCAGCGCUGCUGGGUGCGGAUGAGUUCGGCAUGAGCACUGCACCGCUGAUUGUGAUGGGCUGCACCAUGAUGCGCAAAUGCCACCUGAACGUGUGUCCGGUGGGCAUCGCCACCCAGGACCCUGUGCUCAGGGAGAAGUUCGCCGGCAAGCCAGAGCAUGUCAUCAACUAUCUAUUCAUGCUCGCCGAAGAGGUGAGAGAGCACAUGGCAUCGUUGGGAAUCAGAAAGUUCCAAGACCUGGUCGGCAGAACUGACCUGCUGAGACCGGCUGAGAACGUGAAGAACUUCAAAGCCAAGACUCUGAACUUCAGCCCCAUCCUGAGGAACGCUCUCCACAUGCGGCCCGGAGUGAACAUUGUGGGAGGAUCCGAGAAACAAGAUUUCCAGCUGGAAAAGCGCCUCGACAAUCAACUGAUUGCUGCCGCCACCCCUGUGAUCAACGGGGAGCAGAAAAGUAUCGACGUGGAGUUGAUUAUCAACAACGAGUGUCGUGCAUUCGGGUCGACUCUCAGCUAUGCCAUUUCAAUGAAGUACGGAGAUGAAGGCCUGCCUGAGCAUAGCAUCAAUAUUGCAUUGAAAGGCUCGGCUGGGCAGAGCUUUUGUGCCUUUCUGGCCAGAGGUGUGCAUGUCACUUUGGAAGGUGACGCUAAUGAUUAUGUCGGCAAGGGUCUGUCGGGAGGCGAGGUGGUGAUCUACCCGCCCAAGUGCUCUCCGUUCCAGUCUGACGGCAACGUGAUAGUGGGCAACGUGUGCCUGUACGGCGCCACCAGUGGCAAGGCCUUCUUCAGGGGCAUUGCUGCCGAACGCUUCUCUGUGCGCAACUCGGGAGCCGUCGCUGUUGUCGAAGGAGUAGGUGACCAUGGAUGCGAGUAUAUGACAGGCGGUUGUGCUGUAAUCUUGGGUCUGACUGGACGUAAUUUUGCAGCUGGAAUGUCCGGAGGAAUCGCCUAUGUUCUGGAUGUGGAUGGAUCCUUUAGAAGCAAAUGUAACAUGGAAAUGGUCGAACUUCUCGCAUUGGAUCAAGCUGAAGAUCUUGAUUAUGUGAAACAACUACUUGAAGAAUUCCAAACGAAGACUGGCUCCGAAAUCGCCAAAGGUCUACUGGGCAAUUGGCCUGAAGCUGCAAAGCAAUUUAUCAAGGUGUUCCCGUAUGAAUAUCAGAGGGCAUUGCGACAAAUGGCUGAGGAGAAGGCGAAUGCGACUGUGCCGAAUAAGAGUGCGGCGGUGGCUGCGUCAGUGCCAGUGCCACCUGCGUCCUCCGUCAGAGACAUCGAGGAGACCAUCACCGACACUGGCGUCGAGAAGAAGCGACUCGAGAAGAUUCUCGACAAAACCAGGGGCUUCGUGAAAUACCAGCGUGAGACAGCCCCCUACCGUUCAGCCGAGAAGCGCAUGAAGGACUGGGACGAGAUCUACAACUUCCCGCAUGUUCGCAAAGGUCUGCGCGUGCAGGCUGCACGCUGCAUGGAGUGUGGAGUGCCCUUCUGUCAGUCGUCGCACGGCUGUCCUCUCGGCAACAUCAUCCCCAAGUGGAACGACCUCGUCUUCCUCAACAACUGGGCUGAGGCACUCAAUCAACUCCUCCAAACUAAUAACUUCCCAGAGUUCACAGGUCGCGUGUGCCCGGCGCCGUGCGAGGGCGCAUGCGUGUUGGGCAUCAACGAGCCGCCAGUGACCAUCAAGAACAUAGAGUGCGCCAUCAUCGACCACGCCUUCGAGCAGGGCUGGAUCCGACCUGAGCCACCCGCGCAUCGCACCGGCAAGCGGGUCGCCGUAGUCGGCUCUGGCCCUGCCGGGCUUGCCUGCGCACACCAACUCAACAAGGCUGGUCACGAGGUGACUGUGUUCGAGCGCAACGACAGAAUCGGUGGGCUGCUGCAGUACGGCAUCCCGACCAUGAAGCUGAGCAAGGAGGUGGUGCAGCGCAGGGUGCAACUGCUGGCCGACGAGGGUGUCAUCUUCAAGGUCAACAUCAGUGUCGGAAAGGAUAUCACUGCCAAGGAAUUGUACGAGGAAUUCGACGCAGUGACUCUGUGCACAGGGGCGACGUGGCCACGUGACCUGCCGAUCGCAGGGCGGGAGCUGCAGGGCAUCCACUACGCCAUGAGCUUCCUGGAGUCGUGGCAGAAGCGACAGAUGGGUCCCACCAAUGUGCCGCCCCUCCUCGCCAAGGACAAGAAUGUUAUCAUUAUUGGGGGCGGUGACACCGGAUGCGACUGUAUUGCCACUUCUCUCAGACAGGGCGCAAAGAGCAUUACGACGUUCGAAAUCCUGCCUGAGCCGCCUGAGAAGAGGAGCCGCGACAACCCUUGGCCGCAGUACCCGCGUGUCUUCAAGGUCGACUACGGCCACGAGGAAGUCAAGCUCAAGUUCGGAAACGACCCCAGGCAGUUCAACACUCUCAGCAAGGAAUUCCUGAGCGAUGGUAAUGGAAAUGUUGCUGGAAUCAGAACAGCUCUGGUGAAGUGGACAAAAGACGACACCGGAAGGUGGAAGAUGGAUGAGGUUCCUGACUCUGAAAAGGUGUACAAAUGUGACCUGGUGCUGCUGGCGAUGGGCUUCCUCGGCCCGGAGAGAGACAUUGCCUCCGAGUUGGACCUGAACUUGGACCCCAGAUCCAACUACCAGACGCCCACUGGCAAAUACGCCACGUCUGUGCCAAAAGUAUUCGCUGCUGGAGAUUGUCGCCGAGGCCAGAGCCUGGUGGUGUGGGCGAUCUCGGAGGGCAGACAGGCGGCGCGGGAGGUGGAUGCCUUCCUGAUGGGGGAGACGACGCUGCCCGGGCCGGGAGGGGUCAUCACCACGCUCACCCAGAAGGGCUGAAGGCUCAACGCAGGGACACGCUCUGUUAUGGCUCUAGUCCUAGUCCAAUAGGCAUUUCUCACUUCGCAAGAUGGUUGUUGUCUCGCUUCCUUUACUACUAUAAGAAUAGAUAUACAUAUUUUACUUAUGAAUAGCAUAAAAUAGCGCACAAUAAUAUCGAAAUUUGAUUGCCUUCAAAAACUAAAAGCUGUAAGCUUAAUCAUAGGAACUAGUACUGUGUUGCAUAUUCAUACUUUUUCACUAUUAAUUUAAAACUUGAAUUUGAAAACACUCAUGGAGUGAAAAUACAGUGACCAUCGUUUCGACCUGGUCGUCCUACAUUUUUCACUUCAUAAGUGUUUUCAAAUUCAAGUUUUAAAGGAACUAUGUUGUGAAAUCUAAAUAGUAUGAUAAAUACCAGUAAGAUUGAGAGUAUUGUUACUUUAUCUAGGCUUCUACUGAAGCUAGAUUUAAGAAUUGCCAUAAUAUGCGUACAAUGUUCCAUAGAUUGGAAGUAAAUAGCUUCGUUAAUAUUGUCCUCAUUACUAAUAAAAAUCAAAAUCUGUUGAAACAUUUUUAGGUUUUCAAUUUUAUAUUUUUUUAAUAUAUCGACUUGCUUAACACUAUUGUGUGGCGAAAUAUACAGUCAUUGAAUUUUUUGUUCUAUGAUCAAUAAAUAAACAAAAUUAGAGAAGAGUUACAAACUACAGUAUAUCAUAAUACUUGAUAUUCUGAUUCACGUCUUCCUAUAAAAGCAAAAUUUUAUUAGACUUUGAAAUGAAGAAUGGUUAUAAUAUUUUAAUUGGUUUGCUAUGGUUCAAAUAGAAUAGAUCGGUUGUUUGUAAACAUAAUGGCACUUUUAUGUGUAGAUACUCAUUGCAUGUACGAUUCAUUGCUUUUAUAGUCAGACUUAUUUCAAGAAUUAUUAUUGGAAUUAUUUCCAAUUUAUUAAUUUUAUCCAUGCAUUACACAGCCAUGGAAUAAUGUCUUAUUAUUAUAUCAUUAUUGUGAGUAAUGUUUGAUAUAUUGUGAUUGAAAUUAUUGUAAAAUUAUUCAUGAAUAAAUGUUAUUUGUUAUAGCCAA